CUGUGAAAUUGCAUCCACUGUAGACCUGUUGUGAUAGUAGUUGAAUUGCAGUGGGUCCAGGUCCUUGAUCAAGCAGAAGUUAAUUCCAGUCAUAACCAACCACUUGAAAUACUUCAUUAUGGCAGGUGCACUUUAAAUUAAAAUGUCUGAAUUGGGAGUUCAGAGAUGUAUCAAAGAACUACAGGACUGCAGGAAAUCAGAGCCAUUGGAAAGGGCAAGAUUGCUGUGGAAUUGAUAUUCCAUCAAUAAUCCACGUAAAAACUCUCCGUACCAGACCUACUGCACUUAUAUUUGUAACUUUCGCAUGAAACAGAGGUCCAUUAAUGCAAGAUGUCAGCUAUAUCUGUUCGAAAGAUUGCUGGAUAUAAAUUUGUUGGAGAGGGAAUCUGGAGAAGACUGAACUAUCAACUGUUUCAAGGUUCUACAGAUCCUUCAAGCAACUGAGCAACCAUGAGCUGGGGUUUGCUGCAAGAUGUUUUGAGUGGGGUGAAUCAGUACUCCACAGUAGUUGGAAGAAUUUGGCUGAGUGUUGUAUUCAUAUUCAGGGUCCUAGUCUACGUCGUGGCAGCAGAACGAGUCUGGAGCGACGAUCAGAAGGACUUCACCUGCAACUCGGAGCAACCCGGCUGUGAGAAUGUGUGUUUUGACUAUUUCUUCCCUGUGUCACAUGCAAGACUGUGGGCUCUGCAACUUAUCAUGGUUUCUACUCCUUCCCUUAUGGUUGUCAUGCAUGUGGGUUACAGGGAGCGGCGGGAAAAGAAGCUCCAUAAGAAACUGUACAAAGACAAAGCGGACUUAGGUGGGGGUCUCUGGUGGACCUACUUCUUUAGCCUGGUGUUCAAAACCAUUGUUGAGAUCGGCUCCUUGUUAAUUUUUCACUGGAUGUUUCAUGGUUUCUCAGUUCCCCGCCUUUUGAAAUGUGAGGUUGCACCCUGCCCCAACACAGUGGAUUGUUUUGUCGGUCGGCCAACAGAGAAGACAAUCUUUCUGUACUGCAUGGCCGUCUCCUCGUCGCUGUGUGUCCUGCUGAACGUCUGUGAGAUGAGUUACUUGGUGAUCAAGCACUUCAGGGAUACCUGGCAGAAGAGGCCUUGCAAGAGAGAGCCGAGGCUCAAGUGCAAAUGUGAUUCAGGAUAUUGUAAUACAGACACAUUUAGGAAUGGCAUUGUGAAGGCUGCUCCAAGCACUCACUCAAUGUGAAACCAGAAAACGUAUCACAAGGGGCAAUCUCUCCCUGCUAACAUAAACUGUUUAGAGGGACAUCAGACGAGCUUUCAUAUGAUGUGAACAUGAACUAAAGAUGCAUUGCAGAACCUUUGGAGAAAUAUUCCUUGUUUAAGUGCUAUAUUUUCUCCAGAAACAGGGGGAAGGAGAACAUUGCCUUCAUCAUGGUUCAAUUAUAGCAAAAUGUCACCACCAUAGAGUAGAUUAUUGAUCAUGCCCACUAAUAUUUUUUUCUUUAGCCUAUUUAUAAAUAGUGCAAACAUAUCGAUAAACAGAAUACACUAAGUUCCAAGCCUGAGUUGUGAAAUCAACUUGUACUCAGCAACUAUUAAGAUGACUACACAGCUGAGAAAGGCAAUUCCAGGGAUUCUAGACCACCUUAGUCAUUUAUUGAGUAAACCAUAUGAAUGACAAAUUUUCAAUUUGAGUGCUUAGCAUGCACACCAACCCCUAAUUAAGUCAGCGACACCACAUCCAGCUGUGUUCAGGUCCACAUCCUUGUUCAACAAGCAGCUCUGAGAGAUGCCUAUUUAUAGAAUGUUUCGUCCUAUCAAAGGUUUGCAUUGUGAUUUUACAAACAAGGGAGGACAGGUGAAUAAUGGAUGUAUAAAAUAAAUACGCCUACAAAAGGAUUUACAUCAACAUCAUUUAUGCCUUUGUGUAUGUUAUCAUGCAGAGCACACGCUUCAUAAAUUUGCCUGUUGUGCUACUGAAAUAGAUACAGUGGGAAGUGGAAUUCUCUUCCAGCUGUGCAUGAAUUUACCUUUCGUCAUUCAACCAACAGCUGAAUAAGCUUCCCUACUGAGCAACCUGCCCACACAGGCAAGGGAAGACCUUGAACUUCGGCCCAUGCUGAUUUCACCCAUUUCAAAAAGGGUUUAAAAUGCAAAGAGCUGGGAGUAUCUCAAUUGUCCAUGUCCAAUUACUCCUAAUUGGAAGUUGAGCACUCAGCUGCUGAGUGAAGAUAAAAUUUGUCUUGCCUGUGGCACGCCCUGCAGGCAAAGAGCCUGCUGUCAAUCACAGCCCAGGCUAAUCACGCUUAGCCGUGACUUGAUGGCUGACCUCCAUCCUCCCAAUAUUAAUCACAUUCAAUACAUAAGCAGUUUCUUCAGGAGAAAAGAGAAAAAAACUGUAUAUAAGGCCAACGUAAAACCAAAAUAAAUGAAUGUUAUAAAUAAUUAUGUCAGAUACCAGGAAAUGCCUCAGGUCAAUUAGUUGCUAUAAUGAGUAAGACUGGUUAUUGUUUGAAUGCAUAAAAUCCAUUAUCAGAAUACUCCGUAUCCACUCACGAGGAGAGAAAUGUUCCAAUUAUAGAGAGCUGCUUUUUCCCCACACACAUAAAUAUGUUUCAACCAUCCCCACACUGUUGGCUCCAGUGUGCUGCAAAGAUCCACAAUGGCCAUCUUUCAUUCUUCACCAAACUGCUGGCCCUCAUCAACAUUAUGCAAAAACAGAGGGUCACCAUUCACAUGUGAAUGACACUCAGCUCGACCUUAAUAUUAGCACUUUGCCUCCUGCUUCUGCCUUUAAGCUGUCAAAAUGCUUAUGCCAUAUCAAAUAAUAGGUAGGCAGAAAUCUCUUCUAACUAAAGACAAGGAAGUCCAAUACUAGCCCUGACCCAUUUGCUUCCACAAAUGCUGUUUGAUCUAUUUAGUUCUUGCAGCAGUUUGUCUUUGAUCCAGAUUCUAUUAUCUGCAGUCGCGUGUGUUUCCAAAUCAAAACCACUGUCUUCACUUCUGUCAUAAACUUGGAUCCAGAGCUACCAGAUCUAUCCUCUGUCAACUGUCUCAAACAUAACCAACUUGUUUGCCUUUAUCUUUAGUCAUUGAUAAUACUUCUGCAAAAUGCAUUGGAAUAUUUUACUUCAUUAGAGAUGCCUAACAAAUGCAAGUUCACGGAAAUAUUUAAUAAUUCUCAUUAGCGAGGUCAUUUAUUUUAAGUCCAUAUGAGCUUCAUGUAAGAACAACACAGCUCCCUGCAAAUUCAUCUGAAUGCAGCAAAUGAACCCAGCCUUGCAUCACCGACUCUCCAUGCCUGUUGCAUAAAAUAAAUUCCCUCAUUUAUGAUCCAACAAACAUGGCAGUUAGUUAUGUAGUGUUAUGAGUGAUGAACAGACCUGAUGGUCAAUGGGGUGUGGAGUUAACCAUUCCCAACCCCCUCCUGAGAACUAUGAACUAUUGCUGUUGUUAUGCUGCUCAUGAGAGAGAGAGAGAUAAAGCCCAGACAAGAAUAUUUGCUACAGAUAAGAGGGGGAGAGAGACUAUUGAUUUACUGUAUUAUGACUCUGGAUUAUUUACCUUCCACUACAAGGACUUUACUUUGCUCGUUAAUAUUCCUCAGGAGAUAGCAGGAGUGGCCUGAUUUGAUGGACAUGGUCAUUCAGAGUUGAUGGAGACCCCGUGAGUAGGGAUAAAAGACAGGUCUGGAGAGACACCCUUCAGACACACCAGUGGUCACUGAGUGUUGGGAACCCACAGGAAAGGUGGGAGUUUCGGAGACCGAAUCAGGAGAUCGGUCAGUAAAACUCAAUGUUACUGCAGGACCGGUGGGGACUUGUGUGUGUGUGUGUCCACUCAUGCCAGAGUGACGAGUCUACCAUGGAAGAACGGUCUAGCUGAAGACCAGAGGGGUCAUAACUGAAUCACCACAAUGAUACGACAGAAUAAGAAAGCCACAAAAAGGUUUGCCUGCCGCAACUGUUGCUGUUACAUCUCGCUUGCGUGCACUCUCUCUCUCCAACUAUUUCAACACAACAACCAUAACUACUUCAGCAUUUAUGAACUGAACUCUAUACUUUCCUAUGACAAUUCAUUUACCCCUAGACAUCGAUAGAGUUUAUUAUUGAUUAUUAUUAUCCUACACUUUUAGAUUUCUUGCUAUUAACUUGUUUUAUAUGCAUGUUUGCAUUUUUGAUAUUGUAUCGUGCAGUUUACUUUUAGUUUGGUACCACCAGACUCCAACGGAUUCUUUCUCUGCUGGUCAGACACCCAGUUACGGGGUAUGUAACAGGAGAUUUUCUCUAGUUGACAACAAUAAACAUAUUUUCUGCAAAUCACAGAAAUUUCUUCCACAUACUUAAUCUGAAGAUAAAAUACACUGAUUCCUGAACAUGUUGGUAAAUUGGUUCCAUUGAUCUUUUAUGUCCAGUGGAAAAUUUUGUGAAAUAUUCGUCAUCAUCAUGAGCCUUGUCAUGUGACAGAGGUAACUAUGAUUAUUCUUGGCAAACUUUUCUAUAUAAGUGAUUUGCCAUUGCCUUCUCCUGGGAGAGUCUUUAAAAGACGGGUGACCCCAGCCAUUAUCAAUACCCUUCAGAGAUUGUCUGCUUGGCAUCAGUGGUCGCAUAACCAAGAUUUGUGAUAUGUACCAGCUGCUUAUACAAUGAUCCAACACCUGUUCCCAUGGCUUCAUGUUACCCUGAUUGGGGGGGCUAAGCAGGUGCUACACCCUGACCUAAGGUGUCCUGUAGGCUAAACCUCUUUUGGUAGAGAUGUAUCUCCUCUCCACUAACAAAAAUAUUUUAAAAAUUGGAGAAGUAACUAGAUAGGUUAUUAAAAUGUUUAUUUUACCAAGUGAUAGUUCAUGUAAAUCAUGGAAUGUGUUUGAACACUACUCUUAAGCCAAUGGACUUUCAUCUGUUUCAAAUUAUGUUCAGUGGAGUAAUUCUAUUACGUUGCCUCUUCUUUCACCACAACACUUCUUGUAGUUAUUUUCCACUUUCAUGAUUUCAAAGCUGCAAUUUACACUUCCUUCAGAGGGCAUUAAGAAUCACCUAUAUAAUGUAAGGUUGGUCACAAAAUAAGCCAUACAACAUUAGUCAUCUCCUUGAGAUUUUACUUCAGUCUGGAGUAUUUCAUGGUUCCUCAUCUGUGGUAAAAGUCAACAAAUGACCAGGCUUGAAUUAUUCACAAUCUACCAUGAUGAGAUUUCAUCACAACUGCUAAGAUAGUACAGAUGUCAAAUUACUGUAACUGAGAUAUCAGUGAACAUUAAUUUAUAGUUGUAACUGCGAGACUCACUUCAAUAAAUUAGUUUACUGUUCUACCUAAAAUGACAAUUUCUUAGGUUUUCAACAGCAAUUUAGUUUUACUAUUUUAUUCAAUUGUGCUUUGUGAUUAUAAUUAUAGACAUAUAGAGAGAUAUAUGUGUGUAUGUAUACACACACACUUAUGUUUUGUAAUACACAAUCUGACAGAUAUUGCCUUGAAGAAAUUAAAAAUAUGGGCUUUGAUCCACCUUUCAACUAUGUACUUGCUAAUUUUAAAAAGAGUUGUUGUAUUGAUAAGAUAUGAUGAAACUUGUAACAUGCACAAUUGUAUUUAAGGAUGAAAAUAACCUGUUUGAAAUAUUACAAUUUUAUUUAAUGAUUCCAGGAUUAGUUCGAGAAAUUACACAACUUGAUAUGUGCAUUUUGAAACAUGUUAGUAUUUUCUAUUGUUCUGACAAAAAUUAGACAUUUUGUCCAGUUUUGAUUUUGUAAAUGAACACGAGCAGUUUAGAAAACACCAAUUACUGCAGCAGUUUGAAUGGAAGCUUACAAAUCUGGAUUAAAAAAAACACUACAGAAUGACUAACUAUUUAAAAGUAAAGAGGUAUUAAAAAUACAGAAAUCAUAAUUGCUAUAUGUACCAUAUAUACCAUUUCUGCUGCAACUCACAUGACUCUUUCCACACACACAACCUCUACUAGGAUAAGGGCAGGAAAAGCGUGGGAACAUGACCAAGUUGAAAUUUCCCUCUAAGGCAAAUUGUAUUCUAUCUUGGAAAAAAAUCACCGUUCCUUUCUUGUCACUGGGUCAAAAUUCUGGAACUCUCUUCCUAAGAGUAUUGUGGAUCUAUUCUCACCUCAAGGACUGCAGUGGUUCAAGAAGGCAGCUCAGCACCACCUCUCACGGGCAUUUAGGAAUGGGCAAUUAAAGGCUGGCUCAUUGGGAAGUGCACAUCCCUUGAAGGAACAUACUGUGUAUAAAUAAAAAUGAUGAAAAUCUACCAAUUUUAAAUCAGAGAAAUUGUAUUGAAAACUGCACGACAAAAAAAAGGUCUGAUUCUAUUUUUAAGGGAUUUGUUUGGCUCCUGAAGCAGCUUGAAUCUGUAAGGAAAGAUAUUCAAUUACUUAGAAGAUACUUGCAAAGCAUAUUUCUUAGAGUUGUGAUCUUUUGAAUAUCCGUGUCUAUUUGCUAUAGGAUAAAAUUGUUGAAUAGCUGUUUUCAAGAGUUAAUUUGUCUUCAGUAAAAUAAAUUCACAAAAAAAAAAUUCUCUAAAAUUCGGACAUUAGAAAUGCAAAACAAACUCUAGUUCUUAUGGAGGUAAUCAACCAGUUCAAUGUGUGAUGGCUAUUCACUUUCUAGGAUGGUGGAAUGGCUUUUCCAAAGGGUCAGAGUUGUUGGUGAUCAAGUUAAACUUUUAACAAAUAUUUUUUGCUCAAAUUUUUGUAGUAAGAACCAGACCUCUGUUCUUAACGUAAAUUGCAAACAGCAAUUAUUUUGAAGUUGGAGGCCAGAUUUUAAAGUAAAGUGACCAGGAGACGUGUCUCCAUUAGCCAAGCACAAUACAAUGGGGUUAUGGCACUUAGCACAUCAACAUGGUUACAAGUUAGAAUGUUUGUGGACUCAGGGGUCAGUCUUCACAGCAUUAACUGUAGAUGUUUGAGAUCUCUGCCAAAAGAAACUUUUAAAACCGUCUGUGUAAUUUACUUUGUCCCAGCAUGCAGAUGAUGUCAUUAAAUAGAAUAUACACACAAUUGUUGUUAGGAAUGACGUGGAGAACAGUGGAAAGAUAGGAUUACAGAAAGAAGAAUUAGAAUUCAUUCCUCAAUCUUCAGUUUCUGCUAUGGAUGGUUUGUUUGUCUACAACUCAUUGGUAUGUUCUAGUUUGUAGGAAUUGUACCUCUGCUGGAAAUCCAAAGUAGUUUGCAAAUCUUUUGUAAAUUAGAAAUACUCUGAGAGUUAGAUGUGUUUUAAGAAUUAAUUGUCUAAAUUUAAAUGUGUAUCAUUAAAAAUAAAGUAAGUCUUUAAACUACUUUGCUAGCUGGAAGCAUCACCUUCUUUGUGGGGAGGGGGACUCACCACUCAAGCAGUGGGUUUUGGCAGCUAAACCUCACCACAGAGGCUAUACAGGGAAGAAAGCUAGUUUUUGAAGAGUAGGUAGGUACAGUAUGAUCUCCCUAUAGUGAGGGUUCCUGUAGAUAUCUAUAUCAGAUAGGGCUUAAAAUCUUUUUGUUGAGUUUCGGGCUUUGUGAGCAGGGAACCGAAUACCAUUGCAAACGAAAACUUGCUGACUUUCUCAACCUCAAGUACAUCCUUUAUUACUAAAGGGGACCAAAUGAUACACAAUAACCAAGUGAAAAUGUAAAAAAAUAAGAGAACAUAGUGGAAAUCU